UUCGGACGCGGGGCGAGGGGGGGGGGUGCGGCUCCAGGAAACGGCGCGCUCGCUACUCUUGAGCUGAGACCAGCUCGACGCGCCGCGACGGCCCCGCAGACUCAGCCAGCCCACCAGGCGGACCCCGGGCAAACUCAGCCUAGGUCUAAACCUCAGACAUAUCUACACGGACGGGGCGGACAGAUCCGGUGACAAAGAAAAGAGCUCCAGAGACCAUGGGGACCCUGGCUGAGCCAGCAGUGGUGGGCAAGAGGGAGUCCCAAGCCUGAGAAGAGAUCCGGCAGAGUUCCUCAGGCCAUGACUUCAGUGUGGAAGCGCCUGCAGCGGGUUGGCAAGCGGGCCGCCAAGUUCCAGUUUGUGGCGUGUUACCAUGAACUGGUGUUGGAGUGCACCAAGAAGUGGCAGCCUGACAAGCUGGUGGUGGUAUGGACUCGGCGGAACCGAAGGAUCUGCUCCAAGGCCCACAGCUGGCAGCCUGGCAUCCAGAACCCAUACCGUGGCACCGUGGUAUGGAUGGUUCCUGAGAACGUGGACAUCUCGGUGACCUUGUACAGGGACCCUCAUGUGGACCAGUAUGAAACCAAAGAGUGGACUUUUAUUAUUGAAAAUGAGUCCAAGGGACAGCGGAAGGUACUGGCCACAGUUGAUGUGAACCUAGCCCACCAUGCAGGGCCUGUGCCUGCUCAGGUUCCACUUCGACUGCGGCUGAAGCCCAAAUCUGUGAAGGUGGUGCAUGCCGAACUGAGCCUCACCCUUUCUGGGGUGCUGCUGCGAGAAGGCCGUGCCACGGAUGAUGACAUGCAGAGUCUGGCCAGCCUCAUGAGUGUGAAGCCUAGUGACGUGGGAAACCUGGAUGACUUUGCUGAGAGUGAUGAGGAGGAAGCUAAUGGCCCUGGGGCUCCUGAGGUCCGGACUCGAGGCCCCCAGUCAGAUCUGUCUCGAGAGCUGAAGACACUCUGUGAAGAAGAAGAUGAAGGCCACAUACGGCCCCAGCAGGCAGCUGCCAGACCCUCUAGUGCUGAAGACACCAGCCCUGCCCCAGUGAGUGCCCCUGCACCCCCGGUCAGGGCCUUCCGGGGCCAGGGGUCAGAACCAGCUGCUAUAACCGGGGGCCAGGUGGGGCCUGAAACCCCAGAGCCCCCGCCAUCCCCACCAGAGACAAGGUCCACUGGGCAGCCAGGCCAGACCAUGGUCCCCACCCCAGCCCCUCGGCUCCGGAAAGGCUCUGAUGCACCCUCGUCCCCAGUCCCCUGCAGUGGGGAUGAGGUCCCCAAUACCUCAGAGGAUCCUCCAACAGGAAUGGGCUCUUCUGGGGAGACCCAGGCUCAGAUAAGCUCUCAGGAAGGGACAGAGGCCCAUGAAGCCAGGCCAGAACCAGACAUUGAGGUCAGAGGCUCCAAAGAUUCUCUGGGAGGAGAAAGAUCCAAAGUUGAAGAGGAGGACACUGGGGACAGGCCGGGGGCUAGUGGGGCAGGGAAUAGAGAGAAGAACACUAAGAAGUCGGACACCACAGCCGGCGAGGCUGGAGAGAGCUCAGAACUUCAUCAAGUAGAUGCUGAGCACAAGUCAAAGGUUCAACACAGAGCCACAGAGGGACCAGAGGCUGCAGGGCCGACGCCCAAGGCAAGGCUUGGGGACACUCCUGAGGCCCCUCCUAGGAGUGCUCAGAGGAGGAUGGGGGUUAGGACCCAGGAAGAGGCUCCCAGUGACCUGAACCCACCUCCAGCUGAGCCUGAAGAACAUCUAGGGGACCUCAGGGAUGCCAGGCCUGCAGGCCAGGAGAAAGGAAGUGCAGAGGUGAGGGGUAAAGUCCCUGCUAUUGGGAGGGCAGGCCCGGAGCAGGGCUCCUCUGCUAGAGCAGCAAGUGCUGGGCCCCAGGUGAGCUGCGUUCAGACAGUCCCAUCAGAUGGCCAGGGGGUGAAAUCUAGAGAUCAGAGGGCUCAGGAGGCAGAAGUUGGGGAGUCAAGGGUUCUAGAAACAGAGGCUGAGUGGGUGCCAUGGGAGGUUAUAGGGACAUCAAAGACAGAUGCUGGGAUACCAGAAUCCCUGGAUACAGAGGCUGGCACAGCAGAGUCUGAAAUAUUGGAGGCCCAGGAGUCAGAAGCAGCAAGGUCAGAGGGCCUGGAACCCGAGGCUGCUGGGACAGCAGAGUCUGAGGUGCUGAGGACCCAGAAUAACGAGAUCGUGGUUCUGGGGAUGCCGAGGACAGGGCCUGAGAUAAGGGAGCCUGAGGAAUUUGGGGAAACAGAAGUUGGGGGUUUUACAGUUCCAGAUACCAAGACAGUGAUAGCAGAAACUGAGAUAUUAGAAACCCAGGGGGUAGUGGAUGGUGAGGCUGCGGUGCUGAAGACACAGGCUGAGAUAUUGGAAACCCAGAAGACAGAGGCUGGGGAGGCAGAAGCGGGAACACUGGAGUCCCAGAAGGUAGCAGCCGAAGGUUUGGGGGCUCCAGAAGUGGGGGCAGAGAUGGCAGAGGCUGAGAAAUUGGGGGUGCAGGAGACAGAGGUGGAGAUUUGGAGGAUUCCAAGAAUAGAAACCGAAACAGCAGGAACUGAGACAUUGGGGAUCCACAAAAUAGGGCCCCCACAGAUGCAACCUAGACUAGUAGGGGACCAGGAGACCGAUGUUUCAGUGAUGGAGACAGCAGAAGAUGCUAUACUGGGGACCCGGGAGAUAUCAGCAGGUUGUGGAGUACUUUUGAUAGAAGCAAAGAUACCAGAAUCCAAGAUUGACAGAUCCCUGGAGACAGAGGAAGGAGAUUUAGGGGUUCUAGAGGUAGAUACUGGGAUAGCAGAGGCUAAGAUCUUAGGGAUACCAGAGAGAGCACCAGGGGUUCAGAAGGCUCUGGGAGCUGGAACUGAGGUAGCCAGGGUCUUGGAAGCAGAGGCUAGCUCUUCAGAAGUCCCAGAGACAGACGCUGAAGAAGCUGAGACACUGCAGGCCAAGGAGCGAUCUGAGAGUUCUGUGGCGCUGAGAGUAGUGGCCAACCUACCAGAAUCUGAGCUCUUAGGGACCCAGAAGAAGGUGGGAGGCACUGGGAUAUCACAGAGAGAGGUUAGAGAGGCAGAGACCGAAAUCCCAAAGACCCAGGAAAUAUCAUCUGAGGGUUCAGGAGUUCCAGACUUGGAGGCUAAGAUGGAAGAGUCUGGGAGGAAAAUGGAGAUUUGGGAGACCCCAGAGGUAGAGAAAGUGAAUUCUGAGUUAUUUGGAACCCAGAAAGGCUCAGAGAUCCCAGAACUAGAAACUAAGACCAUAAAGUCUGAGAUUCUGGACACCCAGGAGACAGAAGUAGGGGGCUUGGGGCUUCGUCGAGGAGAGGCUGAGAAAGCAGAAGCUGAGAUGUUAGAAACCCAAAAGACGGAAGCAAAGACAGCUCGGGAUGAAGAAAUAGAACUAGUGGAUCCUGGGGUCUCCAGUCCAGAGGCUGAGGCACUGAGGGUCCAGUGGGCAGGGACUGUAGUUUUGGAGUCUGGGGAAGUAAAGGCUGACAUUUUGGGGGUCCAGAAGCCUGGAUCUUGGGGAGCUCUUAAAUAUGAGGCCUUAGAUGUCCCCGUAACUAAGCAAAGGCUUUCUGGGGCCAAGGAAGUGGUGCCAGAGGUACCCAGAGCACAAGAGCCAGAAACUAAAGUUUUGGGGAUAGUAGAGGCCAAAUCUUGGACUUUGGGGCAGCAGGAAGCAGAGAUGGAGGGGUUUGAGUCUCCAGAGAAUAAAUCUAAUAUUUUUGAGGCCCAGGAAGCAGAUUCUGGGGUCUUGGGAACCAUGAAGGGGAAAGAAGCUGUUGAAAGCCUCGAGGAGGCUGGCCUGAGUAAGGCACAAGUGGCCAGUGAGGCAGGGGCUGGGGUGCCCAGGCCCUCAGGGGCCUCUUCCCUAGAGGAACCUGAAGAGGACAGGAGGCUGCCGGGCAGCCAGGCACCACCUACCCUGGUCAGCUCCAGCCAGUCCCUGUUGGAGUGGUGCCAAGAGGUCACCAACGGCUACCGUGGUGUCUGCAUCACCAACUUCACCACGUCCUGGCGCAAUGGCCUGGCCUUCUGUGCUAUUUUACAUCGAUUCUACCCAGACAAGAUCGAUUAUUUCUCCCUUGAUCCCCUCAACAUCAAACAGAACAACAAGCAGGCUUUUGAUGGCUUCGCUGCCCUGGGUGUGUCUCGGCUGCUCGAGCCGGCGGACAUGGUACUUCUGUCCGUACCUGACAAGCUCAUCGUCAUGACGUACCUGUGCCAGAUCCGUGCCUUCUGCACUGGGCAGGAGCUGCAGCUGGUGCAACUGGAGGGCGGCGGUGGCUCUGGCACUUAUCGUGUGGGCAACGCCCAGCCGAGCCUGCCCGACUGUCUGGACGCAGGAGACCUGGCGCAGCGAUUACGCGAGCAUGGGGCUGAAGUGCCCACAGAACCUAAGGAGGCUGUGAACCGCGGGACUGGGGCAAUACCAAAGGUGGCCUCCAGGGACACGGACCUGAGCUGCUCCUCUAAGGAUGGGGAGGCAGAGGUUGCCCAGGAAGCAAUCCCUCAAGAGGCGCCCACCGACGGCCCUAGAGCCAGGUCGUCCACAACCCCGGUGGUCCCUGCAGAGGGGCUGGUGAACGGAGUGGGGGCGUCAGGUGGUGUGAGUGGUGUGAGACUGAGACGGUCCUCUGUCAAUGGGGAGGCUGGGCCAGUACCUCCACCCCGAGCACAUGGCUCUUUCUCCCACGUGCGGGACGCCGAUUUGCUAAAGAAGAGGCGAUCGAGGUUAAGGAAUAGCAACUCUUUCUCUGUGGAUGACCAGGACUCUGGAGCUGCAGUUGGAGCAGGGCCUGCAGGGCCUGGAGCUGUGGAAGGUCCAAACCCUGCCUCCAGCCCUGACGCUAACCCACUCCCAGCCCCAGCCCCACAGCAGCCGCCCGGUGGGCCCCCUCCUACUGAGGAGUCAUCACCCAGCCUGGGGGAAGAGACAGGCCUGCAACGGUUCCAGGACACAAGUCAGUACGUGUGCGCAGAGCUGCAAGCCCUGGAGCAGGAACAGGGACAGAUAGAUGGGAGGGCCGCUGAGGUGGAGAAGCAGCUGAGGAGCCUCAUGGAAUCAGGUGCCAACAGGCUGCAGGAGGAGGUGCUGAUUCAGGAAUGGUUCACCCUGGUCAACAAGAAGAAUGCGCUCAUCCGGAGGCAGGACCAGCUGCAGCUGCUCAUCGAGGAGCAGGACUUGGAGCGGAGGUUUGAACUGCUGAGCCGAGAGUUGCGGGCCAUGCUGGCCAUUGAAGAGUGGCAGAAAACAGUUGCGCAGCAGCACCGCGAGCAACUCCUGUUGGAGGAGCUGGUGUCUCUGGUGAACCAGAGGGAUGAACUGGUCCGGGACCUGGACCAGAAGGAACGGAUCGCUCUGGAGGAAGAUGAGCGCCUAGAACGAGGCCUGGAGCAGAGACGUCGCAAGGUGAGCCGGCAGCUGAGCAGGCGGGAACGCUGUACCCUGAGCUGAGUCUCCUGUCUGGUUUGUCCCUUUCUCUGGUCGUGGACCGUCUUCGCCACUCCCCCAGCCUGCACAGCAGAGGCCAGGUCCCCAUGCUCCUUCAGCGAGCAGAAGCAAGACUGACCAGACUCUCGGGCUGGAGCAGUGAGCCUGCUAGUGUUUAUUUAUCCGAGUGUAUGUGAAUGUUUUGGCGGUGGCCAGGAUCCCAGGCAAGGGAUGGUGUGGGGACUGACACCCACAUCCUCCUUCUCUUCUGGAGGGAGCAAUAAAGUUGGAGUAGAACAAACCAGCGCCUGCCCUUUCUCAACAGGGCCUCAAUGGAAGGAAGAGGGUGGGACUUAGCUAAUAACGCUGAUGCUGUGUAUAGGAUUCUAACCCGGAGCCAGUUGAGUUUAGCGGUUCACAGAUGUGACCUUCCAAGGAUGGAGGCCAGAGGGAAAGCCCAUUUUGAAAGAAAAUCUGAAAACACAAGUGUGGUGGUGUACACCUAUAAAACCUUUCAAUCCAGUAUUUGGGGUGAUGCUGGAGGACGAAGGAUCAAGAGUUCCAGGCCAGUCUCAGCUAUGUUGGUGGUGCGAGAGAGGCAGAUCUCUGUGAGUUCAAGGCUGGUCUCAUUUACAUUGCUCUCAUGUUUGUUUGCUUUUGUUUUUGAGACAGGGUUUCUCUGUACGGCCUUAUCUAUCCUGCAACUCACUCUGUAGACCAGGCUGUCCUCAAACUCAGUGAUGUUGUUCUAAAGAAAAAAACUAUUGAAAUGGGUCAUUAAGAUAGCUCAGUAGGGGUGGAGAGAUGGCUCAGCAGUUAAGAGCACUGACUGCUCUUCCAGAGGUCCUGAGUUCAAUUCUCAGCAGUCACAUGGUGGCUCACAACCAUCUGUAAUGGGAUCCGAUGCCCUAUUCUGGUGUGUCUGAAGACAGCUACAGUGUACUUACAUACAUAAAAUAAAUAAAUAAAUCUUUAAAAAAA